AUGGAGAAGAGCAAGGGAAAGAUGUGGGCUUUGAUGUGUUUUCUUCUGUUGAAUUGGGCGAAUAACGUUUCCUCGCUUUCCGUGACCAUAGACGACGUCGAAUGCGUUUACGAAUACAUGCUUUACGAUGACGACACGAUUUCGGGAUACUUUGUUGUCGUCGACCACGAUAUUUUAUGGAGUUCUGAUCAUCGUGGCAUUGAUUUCAUAGUAACAUCGGCUGGGGGUCAUAUACUUCACAGUUUGGCGGGGACAUCAGGGAACAAGUUUGAAUUCAAGGCCCAAGGAAGUGGAAUGCACAAGUUUUGUUUUUACAAUCCCUACUCAACACCGGAGACCGUUGCUUUCCGUAUUCAUAUUGGCCAUAUUCCCUCUGAGCAUAAUCUUGCAAAAGAUGAACAUUUGAACCCUGUUAGUGUUAAAAUUGCUGAGUUGAGAGAGGCUUUGGAGUCGGUUACAGCAGAACAAAAGUACUUGAAAGCUCGUAAUACUCGGCAUCGUCGUAGUAAGUCGCUUCGAGUUUCCGACCUUUGCAUUGUUUUGAAACUUGAUAAUUAA